GUGGGUGUCACGCGCGAUUGUUGCUUUCCGUGAAUGAUUUUUUUCGGCAAUUCUCGGACGUUUUGAUGUUUUUAAUUUUCUCGUACGUUCAAGUUAAUGUUACAUAAUUUCGUGAAGUUUUUCAACGUGUUACACUUUUCUAAGUUGCUUUAAGACACACGAAUGGAGAAGUGUUGCAAUGUAUAAUGUUUUUUGUGCAAUUUAAACAUUUAUUCGAUUGAUUAAAUACUUUUUGUUCAGUGUACGUUUAAUCACUAUUGUGUAAUUACUCGUAAAUUAUAUGUAUAAUGAAUAAUAGCAACACAAUGGAUGCAGCAGAUUAUUCGUCAAAUAAAGUAACACUAGUGGAGAGAAACACAAUGCCACUUGGUCUACCAUUGGUCGAUCCCGCAGCUGUAACAAAAUCAAGCCAACAGGAUUUAAUGGCAUUGGUUGCAGAAAUUGAAAAAGCGGACGAUUGUAUAAAAGCCAAUGCAUGUAACAAGUUACAAGUGAUCGCCGAACAGAUCAAAUUUCUGCAGAGGCAGGCUGAAGGAAUUUUACUGGAAGCUGAACGGAACGCCAAGCUGCAUCAUGUGCCUUGUAACUUUGUAAAGCAUCCCAACCACAUUUAUCACUUGUAUCAACGAGAAUCAGGACAACUUUAUUUUUCCAUGCUUAGCCCAGAGGAAUGGGGCAGUUCAGCUCCAUUGCAGAACUACAAAGGCUCCUUCAGGUUGGAACAAGAUCGCUCGUGGACCCCACUGUCUCAAUUACAGGCGAAGAAUGACGAAUUAAACCUACUCCAAAAAUUCUUACCUUCCAACACGACUACAAACGCCUUUCUAAACUCCGUCAUGUUAACCAACACGUAACGUUAUUAGUAAAUUUAUUAUAAUCAAGGGAAACUUAACAAAUUAGGAAUAAGGUAUAUUAAUCGAGAAAAAUUUGGCAGCGCUACUAACUUCUUUCUCUCUGUCUAGUAGAUAAAGCAUUGUUGUGUAACUCAACAAAUUUAUUUUGUGAUUGUAAUAUCAAACUAUUUAUAAUUGCUAUUUGUAAAUGUACAUAUAAAUAUACUUUAUGUAGAAUA